CAGGGACAGACUGUGGCUCUCGUCUGAAGCAGCCGAACGGCGACUCUUCUCCUCCCCGAAACUUCGGUGAAGUCUCUCAAAACUGUGGAUUUUUCCCCUCUCGUCUACUCGCGAAAAUAUUGGAAUAACUCUCCUAAAGGGAAUAACUUGUUUAACGGUCAAAAGUGGCUGGCUGCAGCUCGGGUCCUCAUGCCCUGUCUUGUGAGUGCUGCUUGGCCUGCUGAGCCCGUAGGUGUGUCUGUACUGGGCUGCAGCUGAAGCACGUCUACAGCGACUGGGUGGUGGUGGAGGUGGGUCGUCAGAGGGCCCACAGCAGGCGAAGAGGCCUGUCCAGUCCCAGCCACACGAAGAUGAACAAACUGAACUUCCACAACAACAAAACCAUGCAGGACCGCCGCUGUGUUUGUGUGUUUUUGCCCAAUGAUGACACACUCAACGUCAUCGUCAAUGUGAAGACUUUGUGCCAGGAACUGUUGGUCCAGGUGUGCGACCUCCUCAGACUGAAGGACUGUCACCUGUUUGGACUCAGUGUUAUUCAGAAUAAUGAACACAUCUAUAUGGAGCUGGAUCAGAAACUGUCCAAGUACUGCCCCAAAGAAUGGAAGAGAGAAGCCAGCAAGGGCAUCGACCAGUUUGGGCCUCCAAUGAUCAUUCACUUCAGAGCUCAGUAUUACGUUGAGAAUGGGAGAUUGAUCAGUGACCGGGCAGCCAGGUACUACUACUACUGGCACCUGAGAAAACAGGUGCUGCUCUCUCAGUGUAUCCAAAGGGAGGAGGCCUACUUCCUCCUGGCAGCCUUUGCCCUGCAGGCUGACCUCGGCAACUUCAAACGCAACAAGCACUUUGGGAAAUACUUUGAACCUGAAGCCUACUUCCCCCCAUGGGUGAUAGCCAAGCGUGGCCGUGAAUACAUCCUGAGGCAUAUCCCCAACAUGCACAAAGACCAGUUUGCUCUCACAGCUUCAGAGGCGCAUCUCAAGUACAUCAAGGAGUGUGCCCAGCUGGAUGACGUCACAGUCCACUACUACAGACUCUACAAGGACAAAAAGGAAGUUGAAGCAUCUCUGACAUUGGGGCUGACUUUGCGUGGGAUCCAAAUAUUCCAGAACGUCGGCUCUGUGAGGCAGCUGUUGUACGACUUCCCCUGGACCAAUGUGGGAAAACUGGUAUUUGUGGGGAAGAAGUUCGAGAUCCUCCCUGACGGUUUGCCCUCAGCUCGUAAGCUCAUCUACUACACAGGUUGUCCCAUGCGCUCUCGACACCUCCUGCAGCUGCUCAGCAACAGCCACCGGCUCUACAUGAACCUGCAGCCUGUUCUCAAACAAGUCCGGCGACUGGAGGAAAACGAAGAGAAGAAGCAGUACCGGGAGUCGUACAUCAGCGAUGCUCUCGAGCUUGACAUGGAUCAUCUGGACAAGCGUUCGCGAGCCAGCGGCAGCAGCGCAGGCAGCGUGUCUCACCACAAGCGUCUGUCUCGCCACUCCACGACCAGCCACGGCAGCUCGCACACCUCGGGCAUCGAGACGGACAGCUUCCGGGCCCCGGGUCAGGCCCCGCACAGGCCCCUACGAACCUGCAGCUCAUCCACAACCAGCCACGGGAGCUCGCACACCUCUGGCAUCGAGAGCAGCGGCAAGGAGCGCAUCUUAGAUGAUGAUGAGAUUGAGAUGCUGGUGGACGACCCCAAAGACUACGAGGAGCUUCAUGAGAUGGCUCUGGAUCAGGAGCUGUGCAUCCACAUCACGGAGGACAUGCUGACCAUGUCGCCUGAUCAGACCAACGGAUACUCAGGACUGAUAGUAAAAGAUGUCAGCUCCUCCACUUCCAGCUCCUCGGAGACCGUCGUCAAGAUGAGAGGACAGAGCAUCGAGUCUCUUCCGCAGACGUCUGUGUGCAGGAAGCCUCAGUCUUCGACCGACCGCCACAGCCAGUCGCUGGACGACAUCCGGCUCUACCAGAAGGACUGCCUGCAGUGGGCGGAGCUCUGCCAGGACACCGCCCACAGCUACACCUUCGGCUGCGCCCAGGAGCUGAGCGACGGCGGCGGCUACCAGGGCCUGGCCGACCAGCGCGCCGGCAUGCUGGCCGACCAGCACUCGUUUCACAUCAAGAGAACCAACAAGUACUUCUCCCUGGACCUGACCAGCGACGAGGUGCCCGAGUUCGUGGUGUGACGGAGGCCGAACGAGGCGACCUCAGGGUGACCGUUUCGCCGCUCCGUGCCGGACGUGGAGGAAGUUUCAGGCCUCAGGGAACAAGACGAGGGAGGAAAGUUGGAGAGUAAAGAGGCGACAAGUAGGCUGUUCCUUCACCUGAGACGUAUAACACACAAUAACCGAACAGACAAGAAGGAACACUGGGCUCUAAAGGAACCUGUGUCUUUUAAAUGCAACCCGAACUGUGUCAAAGGAAACAAAAGGGAUCAUGUCAAAUUCUUCAAAAAGAAAACUUAAUCAAAUCUGUCUCCUCCGAACUGUUUGUGUUCGCCUGCUUCGCAAAGUCAUACAAAGACCGUUUGUACACGUAGGCUGGCGGCAGACAGACUCAUGCACGGACAUGACGAGCAUAUCGGAGACACGAAGGACAAAUUCACUCUGAGCUAAAAACCAAAGACAAGAGAUGGAAAUAAACAUCUGUUUCUGCGUCCAGCUUCAUCAGGCAGGGAGGGAAGAUGGACCCACAGUCGUCUGCGACAGAGCGGCCGUGACUCUCCUCUUCUACACCACUUCGUUUUACCUCAACAGGAAGUGCAGCGUGCCAACUCCCCCCUCUCAGACUGGACUCUGAGUCAUGUGAACACAGCCGACGUGCCUUCAUCACACUGUGCAGGUGUCUUCUCGCCUUGACAAUCACACACCUUCACCGUCGUCAGUUUUGAAGCCAUCAGAACUCAAGGCUCUGCUUUGUUUUUGAACAUUGUGCGCACACCUUAUCAGCAGGUCGAGCUGGUUGUUCAGCAUUUAAAUAUCAAAAAGAUCCUGAUUUCACCCUGUUUUAUGUCCUGUGAAACCUCAGCCAAGUUUCCUGGGAGGAAUCAGGUCGAGUAAGCGUCAACAUGUUCCGACUUGCGUAGAGUUUGUGGCCACAAAAGUUUCCCUGUAAUCUAAACUCAAAAUGGAGCCUGAUUGGCUGUCAGCCAAAACAAGCCGCACAUGUUGAUGCAUACAUGUACGUCUUCCUCUUCUUCUGAGUAUCUAUUGUUUUAAACUGGAAUUUGUUACAUUUUUUACAUUUCUCAUCUUCUCGUCUUACCCUGAAUCUCUUCAGACGUUGUAUUUUUGUAUAUGAUGAACAGUUACUCUGCGUGCGGUUGAUUUCAUUCAGUAUUACGAGCAAAUGUAGUUGACAGUAUUAAGGACGUGUGGCUCUGAACAAGAAAGACUGGUUUCAUUGUUUUAAUGUCACAGUAAUUUUCAAAAGAACUGAGCUGACAGGAUUUAAUUACACUACAAGUGGUGGACAAAGGACGAGACAAACAAGGCGGUUUGAUUAUUGUUAUUACAAGUGCCACAGUUAAUGCUUUCAGAGUUUUGCCUGUUCUAUACCGAUCAUGUCAGAUAUGUUUUUUUAAAGAUCAGUUUAGCUUCUCACACUAAGAUUCAUGUAAAAGUCCGUUUUACUUGUGAAAUCAUGAACACAGAAUCGCAUUUUUCAUUUUUGCAUUCAAGCAGUUGAAGUCGUCCUUUAAGUUAUUGAAAAACAUGAGUUUAAAAAAGGUGGUUUCUGCUGUUUUAUGAUUUAAGGGAACGUUUUGGGAAACAAAUGCGAAUCCACUUUCUUGCCAAGUGUGAGAUGAGAAGAUCUAAACCACCGUUGUGUGUCUGUGUGUGUGUGUGUGUGUGUCUGUGUGUGUGUGUGUGUGUGUGUGCGCUUAGCAGUAACACUGGAAACAGUGAGUCUGGCUCUGACCAGAAGGAACAACAUCUGCAAUCCAGCUCCCCUACAGCUCACUAAUUAACAUUUAAACGCUUUUUAUCUUGUAGGUUUUAUCCGUGCACAACCUGAAGUAUAGAGAAUGUUCUGUGAGGUUGUUAGGAUUUAGCACAUACCUCCCUCACUCAUUCAUUCAAGUGUUGCCCUGAUGGAUGCUGGGAUCUCCACAGCUCUCCAGCUCCUGCUGUGUGUUUUAGGUUUGGGAAGCCUCUUCGUUAUUUACCCCCUGUGUGGUGGUUUUUGCCAGGGAGGUGCAUGUUUAGACGUGUGAAGUAGUCAUCUCUGGGAGGUUAUUGAUCUUGUCCCAGUCAUAAACUUGCCACCUCAGUUUGGGGCAGCACAGUCGCUGUUAUUCCAUCAGCAUGGACAUAUCUGGCUGUCUUUAGUGGGGCUGAGCAACUGACGGAAAAUAUCUACAUGCGAUUUUUCUUAAAUAUUUAAUGUGGGAUACAACUUUUUUAAGUUAAGCUUCAGUUCAGUGUUGAUAAUUUAAAAGUGGAAGAUUAUCAAAACCGUUGACGGAACAGUUUAAACUCUGAGUUAGACGAUAAAUCCAGGAUUAUGUUAGCCUGAACCAGGUAGUGUCCAUUGGUCAGUGGGCAUAAACAACCCCUUAAAGUUUCAGUCUGCUUGGAAUAAAUAGCAAAAGUGUAGCAUUAGGUUCGUAAUUUUAUAGCUACACCACCUAACAUCAUGAAAAGAUGUGUGUUUACCACAACAUGCAUAUUGUGCGUUUGGUGUUCAUUUGCAUGCUACGUAGUUGUGAUGAACGACCACCUCUCCCCUUGACUUUCACCCUGUUCUUAACCAUGUUGUGUUAUUUUAUACAACGUGAUGUGAAAUGAAAAACGUACCCACAGUCCCGUGUUAUCAUGCUAGUUUAUCCUGAAUUGCAGCUUUUGCAAUUUGCUAAUUUCAUUGCUUUAAAUUGCGAUUUUGAUUUCAAAUUAAGUGAUGAGCUCCCACCUAAUCGACUCCAUCAUGGCACUUUGUUAUUCUAGUUAAGCCUGGUGGACACGAUCCACUAACCCGGAUCUUGUUUAGGUUGACGUGUCACUAAACUCUGCUCACAGGGAUUUUUCUCUAUUUGAUAACAUAACACUGUAAAAAUCUUUAAUACGUCAAAGUAACCUCUGUUGUGAACGAUCCUACAUAAGAACCUAUGUAAUAACGUGGUGAGGCUGCAGACGCUCUGCUGCAUGAAGCCGUAGACGAGCUGGAUGUGGGUGAGGACCAGUUAGGAACCAACCAGCAGUACAGCUGAGGUGUCACCUGUAGCUUCAUGGGAUGUUGUGGUUGGUGGGUUUUGCUACACGAGCUGUUUCCAGUCGAUAUGCUAUGCUAAGCUAACGAGCAAAUUGAUUUUUUUAGACAUGAGAGAGCUGCCAGUCUUCUCUUCUAACUCCCAGCAAGGAUGCAAGUGUUCCCAAACUUUACCUCCAUAAGCAGAUUUCAUGAUUUUAAGAAGUGUUUUGAUUGGCUGACAUCUUGUAGCUGUCAGCCAAUCAAACUAAAAUGAAACGUAGCUAUCCUGCAUGUUGUGUAAUUGAAUCUGUGCAGCCCAGAGGUGUCCAAGCUCAUAUCGUUUUAAGAUCCUGUUUCUUUUCAGAGCCAUGGCAGGUCAGCUUUAAGUCUCCUUGUGUGUGUUCAAACCAGGCAAUACAGCAUCACAACGAGGUUCUUUUUUUAAUCAAACACCUUCAUGUAACACAGAGCAAACACAUGAAUUUGAUAUUGCUGUGUAAUUAAAAGCAACUUCUAUCUUUCUUACGGUUUGUUUCCUUCACUGUUCUGAACUUAUAAUUAAUCAUUAAUGGAAAAUGUCUGAAGUCAUAUUUUGAUGGACAGCGAUGUUUCUUGUAUUAAAGCAGCAUGUGUUAAGGUACAUAGCCAUACAGUCAUAACCCAUGUCCUUAAAGUGUUCAUGAUUUGUUCUAACGUCCUCCUCUGGCUUCAGUAUAUGGUCAAACUUACACUUUGUAAGAGUCUGUAUGUCUGUGUCCAUCAUCCUUUCUGUGAAAGGAUCUCCCUGCUGGAAACAAAACAAAAACAACAACAAAAAAUAAUGUUUUGGUUUUUUUUGUCACCCUGUUGUUACAAAAAAAAAAGAAAAGAAAGAAAAAAAGAUUUGUUAUAAUGAAGUCUGGUCCGUGCCUUCUUGGUACUAACGCCCUCAAUAUCCAAUAAAUAGGUACAUUUAUCUACAAAA